AUGCUGCGUCCAAUCUGUUUAUUCCAAAUCCUGCUACUGGCUGCCCUGGCAAUCCAGUCAGAAUCGAGGAAUACCCAUUUCCAUCGCUAUAUGUUGGACACUUAUAAGCCUCAGCACAAUCCAAGGACCCAGAUGGAUUACAAGAGACAUCGUACUGCGAAGGCGAAGGAACAUAAUGAAACAGAUUCUGAGGUGCAGUUAGGAAACUCCAAGGAGCCCAUGGUCAGGUUGACCAAUUCUGAUAAAAGAGUGCUGCUGCAUGAGCUGAUGGUUCGCAUCUACCAGAAAAACAGGUACAUCUGCAUGGGGACAGUGAUUUCCGAGAAGCUAGUGAUUACCACGAGAACCUGUUUCGAAGAUGACACAAAUUUUGUGGUGACGAUGAAGAUGUUCGAUGAUGAAAUCAUCCACGGGGAAAAGGUGUUUCUCAACAAGACCUUUCUGAAGGGUGCAGAUCCCAUGCUUAUUGUUAUCGAACUUAAGAAACCCCCAACAAAUUCCAGUGUAAAAGACGACACUGUGAGGCUGUGUGAUGCUGAACUUGAAGUAUACGAGCCCAUCGAGCUGCCUCUUUGGAUAAGACAACGCCACAGUAUUCACUCGCAGAUAACUUACGUUCUGCCAACACAGGAGUGCCGUCAUCGCAUGAAGGAUCCCGAAUCUCUUGUUGUCACCAGCACUACGAUCUGUGUGAAGAAUACGAAGUAUACGUCAACUUGCCAGCCAGCCAUUGGCAAUCCUCUGAUUCACGACGGAAGGAUCUGCGGCAUCAAUGUGGCGGGUCAUAAUUGUCCCACCUUCACAGGGGUCGAUUUGUAUAUACAGGGUAUAUGAUGCUCUCGAGUUCUCAAUAGUUGGCAUGGAUAU